AUGACGUUCGAACGAAAAUACCGAUAUAUUUGGGACACAAAGCAACUGAAGCAGCAGAUCGAACAAGAUCCGCGACUGACGACACGUGCUUUAGCAGGGCUGCUCAAGUGUUCUUAUAUCACGGUAGAAAAAUAUUUGGCUGAUCUUGGCAAGAGUUGGAAAUAUGGGUUAUGGAUUCCACACGAAUUAUCGUCGUAUCGGCUUCAGUCAAGUGUGGACACAUGUAUGGAUUUAAUCAACAAUGGCUGUAUACGCAAUCUUGUCACUGGAGAUGAGAAUUACACAAUCACAGCUGAUCUCUACUAUGAACAACUGGAUCGUGUUGUCCAAGAACUCAAAGGAAAACGAGCUCGAAUGUACUUCCUUCACGACAAUGCGAGACCACAUGUGGCAAAUUUAUCAAUUGAAGCUAAUCCUCAAAUUUGCGAUGGAUUAUUACAAUACGACAAAUGUUCAACCAAUCCAUCGUGCCUUUGUCUUCAUUCUGUCUCUUCUAAUGCAACUGGUAUCUGUGCACUUCAAAGUGCCACUUGUUCAGAACUUGUUUCAUGUGUAUUAAACACUUCUCUGUGUUCUCAACCAAGCCAUAUUUGUGUUCAACACCCUCAAUGCCAAAAUCAACCUGUAUGUUAUCCGUUAUCAAUGGCAACCAAUCAACUCUGUCCACCAGUUGUUGAUAAAAUAUGUUCAACAGCGACAUGGUCAAAACAUGGAAUCACGGUUGCUGGUGGACACGGUUUCGGAAGAGAUUUGCACCAACUGGCCGAUCCAUAUGGAAUAUUUCUCGAUGAGAACGAUGCGAUUUACAUUGCCGAUCGUUCUAAUUUUCGUGUGAUUAAAUGGGAACAAAAUUCCACAAUUGGUCAAUGGACCGCGGGUCUAAAAGUAGAUGGAGAUGCUACUCAUGACCUUCCAUUGAAUAUGCCACAAGAUAUCGUUGUGGAUAAGAAUGGUACAAUUUAUAUUAGUGAUGGAGGAAAUUAUCGAGUUGUUCGAUGGUAUCGAGGCGCAGAUAAAGGUGAAAUUCUUGUUGAUCGUGUGCAAGUGGUUGGCAUCGGACAAGAUAAUCAAGGAUUUGUUUAUGUUUCGGAAUACGCUGCUGGUCAAAUAACCAAAUGGAACUUUGAUGAGGAUGAGUUCGAUGGGCAAAUUGUUGCAACAAAUUUACCCUUAUCGACUUUUAUUUAUAUUGAUGGAAAACGAUCGAUUUAUUCUGCUGGAAUGAGUGCAAAUCGAAUAGCUAAAGUGGUUGAAGACGCUGAUGAGCCAAUUCUUGUUGCUGGACCAUCAGGUGUUGCAGGUGAUGAGUUUGAUCAACUUAACAGUCCAACAGGUGUUUAUGCAGAUGAACAAGAAACAGUUUAUAUCGCUGAUACGAAGAAUCAUCGAGUAAUGCGUUGGUUGAAAGGUGCGACAAGUGGAACAUUGAUUGCCGGUGGAAACGGUGGAGGUUCAUCAUCAGAUCAAUUGAAUUACCCUUCUGAUGUAUUUCUUGAUCGAGAGGGAAAUCUGUAUGUUACUGAUACAUUAAAUAAUCGAGUUCAGAAGUUCUUAGUUGAUAAAAGCUCUUGUCAAAAGAAAAAAUAA